AUGGUAGCUCGAUUCGAACCGCAGUAUGGACUCGAUGAAAUGGAAGGAUUGGCCCCGUACUUCAUAUCCAACGGCGUUGAGUUUUAUCCGGGAGUGCAGGGGGUUGCUCUCAUUUCAUCCUGGUGUGCACGCAAAUCCGCCACAGCUGCCCAGUCGUCCCCUGAGGGCCAAAGGUGGGAGCUCACACCAUUCGACCCCGAACUUCACUACGGCGCUGGAGACGAUAAUGCCUUGUAUAAUAUUUUUGCGACAUGGCCAGAUAACUUCUUCAGCAGCCUUCCCAAGCCUCAUGGCAACCGCGGUAUCGAUGAGCCUUAUUUAGAAUUGAGACAAUCCCAAAUAUUCUUGGACGACUGCUUCCGCGGCAAGGGUACUCGGCGCUGCUGCACAACAACGAUUCCCUGUCCAGAUAAGCUGGACAGAGAGCGUAUGCGCCAGCAAGUCCAAUUGGAGGAAGUCAAUACUUACAUAACACCCAAAGCCCUCUUUCGGUCUGCUCUAGACCUCGCACGCGAGCAAGCAAAGCUUGACUCCUCAUUGGCAAACGCUUUGGCUAGGCAUCGUCGGACAUCUGAUCUGCGGAGGGCUACUUGUGAGAACCCAAGUGCAUCACCCUCAUUGAUACAAAGGCGAGACCGACAGGAACAUCAAGAACGUGACGACAACUCAGACACAGGCUCUAGUACUCAAAGUCAGUCUAACACCAUUCUCAACCCGCCGAUUCCUGGUCCCCUCACUUCAUCAAUACAGGCUCUCCAGUCCCAAGUCAACAACUUUGCAAAGGAAAACGGAUUUGGAGUGGUCAGACGGAACGGCUCGGGUAGUAGUGUACGGAAAACCCGGUACGUAUUUGAGUGUGAUCGGUAUGGCCAGCCGCGCCCAUCCAGAGGGGCAGGGCUUCGCCAGAAGCGCUCUCGGAAAUGCGGUUGCAAGUGGAAGGUUGUGGGGGAAGCGUUAGAAGAGAACAAUUAUAUGUGGACUCUGCGGGAGUUUGCCGACCUUCAGCACAGUAAACACAAUCAUGGACAGAGUAUGAGUCUCUCAGCUCAUCCAAUUCACCGGAGGCUAAGCGACUCUGUCAAGGCAACGGUUGAAGCUAUUAGCCGGCGAGUCGGCAUACGGGCCCGCGAUAUACGUGGCGUUGUCAAAGAAAAACACCCCGGCACCGUCUAUACGCGUAAGGACAUCUAUAACGCUAGGGCGCUCUUGCGCCGCGAGAAGCUUGACGGGUUGAGCCCAACAGCCGCCUUGAUUAAGCUCUUCGAUGAGAGAAGCAUCCCAUAUAUUGUCAAAUGGUCAGACGCAGAGCCUGACCGCCUUCUGCCCCUCUUCCAGGUGACGGGGCAGACCUGUCUCAAAUCUGUCUACAACGCCGCUUUCGGAUUGAUCGAUAAUGAGAGACGGGAAGGUUUCCAAUUCCUCGCUGAGGGACCCAGACAGCUAAUUGUGGAGCAUGAAAUCCAGUCACCGGACGUGAUCAUCACGGACUAUGAUAAGCAGAUGAAGGUUGCAUUAGAUAUCCAGUUCCCCGGCAGCCAACAGCAAAUUUGCAUCCACCAUGUCAUCUCAAACGUUCUUCUCAAUGCCAAACGAAGGUGGAAGGACGCAGAGGAGGAGGGUGACGGCUGUGGACAUAACAGUUCCGACAGUGAACGGUCACAGGCGGCACUAACCUCGAGAGAUAUGGAAGCUGUGCGAGCUGUAGGGAAAGACGGCAGCCCGCCGUUGCGGACUGACCACACCUCACCUGUGCCACACAACUAUCGCGGAGUCCUUGAAUUAUGGAAGCUCGUGGUCUUCGAACAGACUAAAGAUGAUUACGAGAAGGCCUGGGCGCGUUUAUGCGAUGAGUUCAAUGACCAGCAGAUAAUUCUGAUGUACCUUUACAAUACUUACUUGCCUGUAAGUGCGCAAUGGGCUCAUUGCUUUAUCAAGAAGUACCGCAAUUUCGGGGUUCGGGUGACUUCUGGCACGGAGGCGAGCAACAACAAUGUCAAGAGUUAUCUGCUCAACGGCAUGAGCAAUUUAUACGGACUUGUCGAAGCGAUCGAGGGCAUGUUGGCUGAUCAGCAGCAGGAUUUCCUUGACAACUGCUCGCAAGACGAAGUCCUGGAUUGCAAUGCAUUCAUAUUUGACAAACCGGAAACGCCGCGGAAUAUGACUGUUUGCAUGAUAAGAAGCAAAGGGGGUUGGGAGUUAUUCAGCUAG